AUGGCAUUGAGAUCUGGGACGAUGUGGGAGUACUCACAAUAUGUGCGCGGCCAACAAGUUGACGAGGAUGGAGAUGAUCUUCUCAGCAUUGAUGAGGUGUCCAAUUACAUUCAUUUCAAAACACGUGAACACAUUGAAAAUGCAAUGCAGGACAACUAUGGACUUUUUAUGUCUAUUGACACGAGCCCAAGGAAUGGACUAGUAUCGUGGGAUGAAUACCACAAUUAUUUUCUCAAGCAGAAUAGUAUGCCAGAUGAAUAUAUUGAGAAUCAUGAAGAAAAACAUGCGGGGUUGGAUAAGAAACUAAGAGAGACAAUAUCUCGUGAUAAAGCUUCUUGGUUUGAAGCGGCACACACUGAUCCAGAUUACCUGACAUUGGACGAAUUCCUGGCAUUCAGGCAUCCCGAGUCCAGCCAUGCUACCAUACUGUCACUUGUUGAAGAACUUCUAGACAAAUUAGAUAGAAAUGACGAUGACAUUCUGAAUGAGGAUGAGUUUGCGCAGUUGAAAGUGGGAGAGGCAGAGGCAGGAGAGGCGCUGCUUUCGCAGGGGGAGCAAGAGAGACGGGAAGAGUUCAGGAAUCUGGUUGAUGCCAAUGGUGAUGGUGAAGCUGAUAAGAAAGAAAUUGUGAAGUACAUAGAUCCGAAGAAUCCCCGGCAUGCCCGCGAAGAAGCAAUAACACUGGUUACUCUGGCCGACACCAGUCACGAUGGCAAACUAUCUCUAGCCGAAGUUCUCAACAAAAUGGACCUGUUUCUGGGAAGUAAAAUGGUCGACACUGCAAAAAGUUUCCAUGAUGAAUUCUAAAUGUACAAGAUAAACCAAAUUUUUGACCAUCAAACCAUGGAUCAAAUCAAUGACCAUCAAAUCAUAUUGAGAAUCAUCAUGUACAUUCAUUUGAUGGCUGCUCCAACUUCUAGUCCUGCUUUUUAGAUUUGUGAUUUUCCUUCUUUGAAAUUUCCUCUAGUCAAACGUUAUAAUUAAGUAAGUUCUUAUUUCAAGCUUCAUCAUAUCAUAUCACCGUAGUUUUAAGAAAUAUGUCACACUAUCUGAUAAUAAGAAUUAUAAAGCAAAUAAGACAUCACACCAUCUAAACAUGAAGUGGAUUCUAAUUUGAAUGAAUAGUGUGAAAGUGUAUUUAUUAAUUUAUCAUAAUAGUUUAAUAAAAUAUUCUACAAUAAUAUAUCUGUGAUUUAUAUUUUUAAAAUUGGUUAUAGUGAUGAAUAGAUGGUAAUUAAAUAAAUAAUAAAUCGAUGCUAAUAAUUAUAAGUGAGAUUAGGUUUUGAACCUACACUGAAUUUCAUGUAUCUGCCUCAAUCAUAUAGCUGAAUUUUAAUCUAUUUGUUAUGCUUGGGUCAUACUUGAUUCAAUAUUUAUAAACAUUAUAGCAAUAUAUUUAACUAUAUCAACAUUGUUCAAUUUGAAUAGAAUAGCUCCACUAGAUGUUUAAUUUCUAUUUACAAAAUUCUUUGGAAUUAUCUCAAAUUUGUAUCGUAAAUAGUUUCUAAGAUAGAAUAUUUGAUUAACGUUUUCAGUGUGAAAAUAUAAUAUUUUUUAUAAAAGAUUUAUUGUGAAUCUUAGAAGUAGGCCUAUGUUUCAAUUAUGUUUGCGAACUGUUCACUGUUUUUGAGUCGCUUUGCGAACUGUUCAAGAAAGUUUUACUCAGGAAUUCAUAAUUACCGACAAUAUACUCAUUUAGCUAUAACUUGAUUUGAAAACUAUGCAAUUUAUGCUGGCUGUGAUGGUGGUAUCAGCAACUAUUUUUGUUCUGUGUUAUGUGUUGUGUUCUAGUGUACAUUGAACUUGUACAUAAUUUAUAUCACCAAAUCUAAUAUCACUACUGAUUACGCUAUUUUUAAUGGUUCCUAGCAAGCUAAAGCAAAUAAGCAUUAUGUGAUUUAAUUUAAUGAGUGAUUCUGUGAGAGAAUCACAGUUGUGACAAAUAGGUUUAUGUUAAUGUAAGAUAAGCAAUUUAUUCAAUCACAUUCCUACAUGCCAAUCGCAAAAAGCAAUAAUUGAAGAAGCUAAACAUUUAGUAGGACCAUUUGCAAUAAUAUAAUGACUUGAAUAUUUUUCCCAUUCAGAUAUUAUAUUUGAGUAUACUAGGUUUAUAUUCUUU